UCUUUCUCAUCUCGCUGGGCUGCGGGAAAUCGAGCUGAAGCGACUCAGUCCGCGAUGGAGAGAGAAAAGGAACAGUUCCGUAAACUCUUUAUUGGUGGCUUAAGCUUUGAAACCACAGAAGAAAGUUUGAGAAACUACUACAAGCAAUGGGGAAAGCUCACAGACUGUGUGCUUAUGAGAGAUCCUGCAAGCAAGAGAUCAAGAGGAUUUGGUUUUGUAACUUUCUCCUCCAUGGCCGAGGUUGAUGCUGCCACGGCUGCAAGGCCUCAUUCCAUUGAUGGCAGGGUAGUUGAGCCAAAACGUGCUGUAGCAAGAGAGGAGUCUGCAAAACCAGGUGCCCAUGUGACUGUGAAGAAGCUGUUUGUUGGUGGAAUUAAAGAAGAUACUGAGGAACACCACCUUAGAGAUUAUUUCGAAGAAUAUGGAAAAAUUGAUACUAUUGAAAUAAUUACUGAUAGGCAGUCUGGGAAGAAAAGAGGCUUUGGCUUCGUUACUUUUGAUGACGUGGAUGAUCCUGUGGAUAAAAUUGUAUUGCAAAAAUAUCACACCAUCAGUGGUCACAAUGCAGAAGUUAGAAAGGCAUUGUCUAGACAGGAAAUGCAGGAAGUCCAAAGUUCAAGGAGUGGAAGAGGAGGAAACUUUGGUUUCGGGGAUUUUCGUGGUGGUGGCGGCGGCGGCAAUUUUGGACCAGGACCAGGAAGCAACUUUAGAGGGGGAUCUGAUGGAUAUGGAAGUGGACGUGUGUAG